GGUCUGAUAAACUGUUAAUUAAGACAUGAAUAAUGAACCUGUCUUUUACUUCUCCAGAUUGGUUCAUCUAUAGAAAGCAAAGAACUGCAUUCGUUUUCUAGUUUCUUCCGAUUGGAUAAGGUGGAGUUCUGGUCGGAGCCAUGAGUGUGGAAGUUUCAGAAUGCACUCCGGAUUAAGGUUCCUUAUGGUAUUUGGCAAGUCGGUGUCGUCUCUUUCCGGUCGCAGGUUCACGAGCAAAGAUGAUGCUCUGUUUUCAUUACUGCGAGCUUCGAUUUCAUGUGGCGGAGGCUGCAAAAUUGGGAGCAGAAUUUGGUCGAACUACUUGGUUACAGGACAGCAGUGUUUCUGCGGAUACGCGGUGGAACAGUUUUCAGACGAUGAAUACGAUUGUGAUUUCGAUAAUCAGAAGAUGUCUUCCUCCGUGGCCAACAUUGAUGAAUGGAAAUGGAAACUCAGCCUGCUUUUACGCAGUGAAAAAGACCAAGAAAUAAUUUCUAGAGAUAAAAGAGAUAGGAGAGACUACGAGCAGAUUUCUAACCUUGCAAGAAGGAUGGGCCUUUACAGUCAACUCUAUGGAAAAGUAGUGGUUGCAAGCAAGGUUCCUCUUCCAAAUUACAGGCCAGAUCUUGAUGACAAACGACCGCAGAGAGAGGUGGUUAUACCUCUCAGCUUGCAAAGGAGAGUUGAGGGUCUAUUUCAGGAGCACCUUGAUAGAAUAAAGCUAAACUCUGGAAAGGUCAGCGACAAUUCAGUUGAUGCUAAGGUCAUUGAUCAGAUUGAAGAUGUGAAUCAGGAUGACAACCUAGAUGCUUUGCUUGAUGGGUCACUGAUGGAAAAGGUUCUUCAGAGGAGGAGUUGGCGAAUGCGUAAUAUGCAGAGAGCUUGGCAGGAAUCACCCGAGGGAAAGAAGAUGCUGGACUUUAGGAAAUCUCUUCCUUCGUACAAGGAGAAGGAAAGACUGCUUUCUGCAAUUGCAAGAAAUCAGGUUGUAGUGAUUUCAGGGGAGACUGGCUGUGGCAAAACCACUCAACUUCCUCAAUACAUAUUGGAGUCAGAAAUAGAAUCUGGCCGUGGCGCAUUCUGUAGCAUCAUCUGUACUCAGCCCCGAAGAAUAUCUGCAAUGGCUGUUUCCGAGAGAGUUUCAACAGAAAGAGGAGAGCCUCUUGGUGAAUCUGUUGGUUACAAAGUUCGAUUAGAGGGAAUGAAAGGCAAAAAUACGCAUCUCCUGUUCUGUACCAGUGGUAUUUUACUAAGGAGGUUGCUUUCUGACCGCAAUCUCAAUGGUAUAACCCAUGUUUUCGUUGAUGAAAUUCAUGAAAGAGGCAUGAACGAAGAUUUCCUAUUGAUCGUUUUGAAGGAUCUUCUUCCACGCCGUCGAGAUUUGAGAUUGAUUUUAAUGAGUGCUACUCUGAAUGCGGAGCUGUUUUCAAAAUUUUUUGGUGGGGCACCAACUAUUCACAUCCCGGGCUUCACUUACCCAGUACGUGCACACUUUCUGGAAGAUGUAUUGGAGAUAACGGGUUAUAAGAUGACCUCGUUCAAUCAAAUUGAUGAUUAUGGCCAAGAUAAGUUGUGGAAAACACAGAGGCAGCUAUUGCCGCGAAAAAGGAAAAACCAGAUCACUGCACUUGUUGAGGAUGCUCUUAAUAAGUCUAGCUUUGAGAAUUAUAGUUCGAGGGUACGGGAUUCUCUGUCAUCUUGGUCACCUGAUUGCAUAGGAUUUAAUCUUAUUGAGGCAGUUUUAUGCCAUAUAUGCCGCAAGGAACGACCUGGUGCUGUGUUAGUAUUUAUGACUGGCUGGGAGGAUAUUAGUUGUUUGCGAGAUCAACUUAAGGCUCAUCCCCUCUUAGGAGAUCCAAACAGGAUACUACUGCUUACAUGCCAUGGUUCAAUGGCCACGUCUGAACAGAAACUCAUAUUUGAGAAAUCACCUCCAAACAUUCGUAAGAUAGUUCUUGCUACAAACAUGGCUGAGGCAAGCAUAACCAUCAAUGAUGUAGUUUUUGUGGUUGAUUGUGGAAAAGCGAAAGAAACCACAUAUGAUGCUUUGAACAAUACACCUUGUUUAUUGCCUUCAUGGAUAUCAAAAGCAUCUGCCCGACAAAGAAGAGGUAGAGCUGGACGUGUGCAGCCAGGAGAGUGCUAUCAUCUGUAUCCCAGAUGUGUAUAUGAAGCUUUUUCUGAAUAUCAACUUCCUGAACUUUUGAGAACUCCUUUGAAUUCUCUAUGUUUGCAAAUAAAAUGUUUGCAGCUUGGAACUGUAGGGGAUUUCUUAUCAGCUGCUCUGCAGCCUCCGGAAUCACUGGCUGUCCAAAAUGCAGUUGACUUUUUAAAAAUGAUUGGAGCUUUAGAUGAGAAGGAGAAUCUGACAAACCUUGGAGAGUUUCUAGCAAUGCUUCCAGUGGAUCCAAAGCUUGGAAAGAUGCUUAUCAUGGGUGCCAUCUUUCGUUGUUUUGAUCCUAUUCUUACAAUAGUGGCUGGACUUAGUGUUAGGGAUCCCUUUUUGUUGCCUCAAGACAAGAAGGAUCUAGCAGGGACAGCAAAGUCAAGAUUCUCUGCAAAAGACUACAGUGAUCAUAUGGCUCUUGUCCGUGCUUAUGAAGGAUGGAAAGAUGCAGAAAGAGAAGGGUCGGCUUAUGAAUAUUGCUGGCGAAACUUCCUCUCUGCUCAGACUCUUAAGGCUAUCCAUUCUCUCAGGAAGCAAUUUAACUUUAUUUUAAAGGAAGCUGGUUUAUUAGAUGCAGAUGCCAGCAGCAAUAAUAGUUUAAGCCACAAUCAGUCGCUGGUUCGUGCUAUUAUCUGUUCUGGUCUUUUUCCCGGUAUAGCUUCUGUUGUGCACAGAGAGACUUCUAUGUCUUUCAAAACGAUGGAUGAUGGUCAAGUUCUACUAUAUGCAAACUCUGUGAACGCACGAUAUCAAACAAUCCCAUACCCUUGGUUGGUCUUUGGAGAGAAAGUUAAGGUCAAUACUGUUUUUGUACGUGAUUCCACUGGCGUAUCUGAUUCAACACUAAUCCUUUUUGGCGGUUCUCUUAGCCCUGGGGUUUCGGCUGGACAUUUGAAAAUGUUGGAUGGUUAUAUCGAUUUCUUCAUGGAUCCUAGUUUGGCAGAUUGCUAUUGGAACCUCAAGGAGGAAUUUUACAAGCUCCUCCACAAGAAGCUUCAAGAUCCAAGCCUUGACAUACACAAGGAAGGCAAGUACCUCAUGCUUGCUGUGCAGGAGCUGGUUGCAUCAGAUCAAUGUGAAGGUAGGUUUGUAUUUGGCCGUGAAAGCAGGAAAGCUAGGGUUGUUAGUGAUGAUGGAAAUAGCAGCAACAGCUUUUGCAAGGAUGGAACAAACCCUAAGAGCUUGCUUCAAACACUGCUGACGAGAGCUGGUCACAGCCCUCCCAAAUACAAAACAAAACACCUAAAGACAAAUGAAUUCAGGGCCCUGGUGGAAUUCAAAGGGAUGCAAUUUGUUGGGAAGCCCAAGAGAAACAAGCAGCUUGCAGAGAGAGAUGCUGCCAUAGAGGCAUUGGCAUGGUUGACACACACCUCGGACAACAACAACAGGGAUGAAGAUGACAAUUCCCCUCCUGACAUCACUGACAACAUGCUUAAACUGUUGGGGAAACGCAGGACAUCAAAGCGUUGCUCUGGUCGAUGAUAGGUUACAAACACAUCAAUUUUUGAAGCUUGUCAAUUAUAAAUCAGAGAUAUUUCCUGGAUUUGUUGAUUGCCUUGGUGAUACAAGGGCCAUGUGUGAUCUGUUCUUGCAUCCUCCCCCCCCCCCCCCCCCCCCGUCUUUCAUCAAGCAUAGCGAAUCACCGUGUGGCAUGUUGGUUGUUGAGGUAGGCAUCGUCUGUUGUGUUUCUGGAGGGUGACUGUCCUGCCUGGAAAGAGGCUCACAUAAGCUCUUAUUUUUAUUCAUUACAUGUUGAAGGGGAUGAUGGAAUCUCUGAAGGAUUGAUACUAUCUAUUCAUCUGCUGCUUUUGUCGAAUUACGAGGUCCAAGCUAUAGAAGAUGUAUGCUAUAUUAAAGGGAUGUGAUCAAUGCGCCAUUUGAGUUUUCACUUGCGUUGUCCAUUGCACAGUUGAGUUUUUUCCCUACAGUAAAAGUACAUAACCAAUCCCCUUUUGUAUAAGAUAGCUUUGAAAUUUGAAAUAGAAAUGAUUUGGAUG